AUCCCUGUUGCCCAGCAACACCUGAUCUGGAACAACUUGGAGCUGGAGGAUGAGUACUGUCUGCAUGACUACAGGUGAGUUUAUCAGGGUUGUGUUGAUUUGGCACUUUUGUUUUCUGUUGCUUGCCGUAAUGAACACGACCCUGUUCACAACUCCUUUAUUUUAUUUUUACUCUGUUCAGUUGACUGCGAACCCAUUUUCAUAUACAGCAAUGCCCUGUAAAUGAACCAUCAACUUUGAUCUUUUAAUUUAUGGUUAAUUGAAAUGAGGGAAGUGGGUAACUUUUAGAGGACCUGGCUAUUUGCUUAUAAAUUAAUUCCCCUUGUAGUGAAUAAAUUAUUUCGCCAAACCCUUAUAUCAAUCAACCAAAGAUGUAGAAUUGGCUAAGACAGUCACAUAUAGAAUGUGUUUGGAGAGCUAGCCUAUCCCAGUAAUGAGUCGUCAGUUUUAUUAGAUACAGACCCACUCCACAGAUUGCAGAGGGUGGUUGCGUCAUGAAUGUUUGUCACUUAAUGAUCAGUCCCCGGUGAGAUUUAGUUAGGUCUGAGUAGCAACAAAACAUCCUUUUGAAGUCUUAGAAAUGGAGGGAGCGAGGAGGUGGAUUUGCAUAGAACUGACGUUCUGUUAGAAUUCCGGCGGAAUUCCCAAAUUAAUCUGGAGCACAGACUGACGGAGGAACGAUGAACGAUGUUUGUUCCGCAAUAAUUAUCGUUUGCCUGGUCUGUGUUUCCAGGGUCAUGUUCAUUAGGCACCGGAAGAAAACGGACAAACAGGGAGUGACCUAAGUUUUCCGCUGCGUACUGUAAUGAACAUGACCCAUGCCUGAACGAUCCAGCUAGCUGUAGGGCAAAGCAAUACGAUGAUAGCUUAACCGAGCCAAAGGACUUAGGACAGCUUCUACCAACCAUAAUUGCUGACAUUUAUCUUGUUUUCUGUUUGUCUGUGUGUCUGCAGCAUUGCUGAGGGCUGUACACUGAAGCUGGUCCUGGCCAUGAGAGGAGGACCCAUCAACACCAGGAGAGGUAGGUUGGGAUUUCUCAGCCUUCACUGCUGUAAACCCAUAAGUAUUCACACAGAGUAAAUGCUCCUAUUUGUGGGUGUUUUAGUCCUGUAGCCUCUGUAGCAACAUGUUGAGUUGAUGAACACUGUCCAAGCAGUCUCACCCUCAGGUCCAUUAAGGACUCAGUGAUUGGUUGAUUCUCUCUCUUGUACAGUGUACAUGAUUGAUUGUACAGUGUACAUGGUUGUUGAUUGUUUGUUUGAUUGAUUGACUGACCUGUUUCUCUCUCCCUCAGUGUCUGUGGAGGACCCAGUGAAGGAGAUGGCAGAGCUGAUGGAGGGAGGCAGGCAGGAGGGCUGGGAGAAGAGUCUGCCUAGCAACAAGCAGGUCACCUUCCUGGUGUACCGAGAGGGAGACCAGCUCAACUUCUUCCGGGUCGUCGACCGAGGGGACGGAACUCUGACCCCUGUCUCAGAAUCAUUCAGGUGAAUACAGUCCACUCCAGAUAAGUGCUCUUCGCAGUGCAAUAAAAAAUUUCCAGUCCCAAUUCAACUACAUUGUUUUUAAAGCACGUUCCACUCUCAAACAUUGUACAUAUCUUAGAUCAGUGUGCUUUAUUUGAGGAAGUGUAGGCUGCAAAAUGACAUACUUUCAAGCAGCACUGUAUAUAUAGUGUAUGUUAACCCUACAGGGCUGGUCAUUAUUUUGCUAUAAAAUAUUAAAAUAAACAUAUAAAAUCCUUAUCUAAACCCCAAUUAGUAAUAAAGACAUUCCAAGUAAAUGACAGAAACAAAAAAAUAUUAUAUAUUUUCAUUGUUUAUUUAACAAAAGUGGUGUAUUUAACAAACUCAGAUUUGAUGUGUGCAAAAAUGUGAACCCCUUCAGUCAAUAGCUUGUGGCACCUCCAUUAGCAGCGAUAACUUGGACAAAAUGUCUCCAAUGGCCAGUAAUCUGUCUCUGACAUCUGUUUUGAGGGAUUUUUGCCCACUCCCCCUUACAGAACUCAGCCAAUUGAGUGAGGUUUGAGGGGUGUCUGGCAUGAACGGCCUGCUUCAGGUCCUGCCACAGCAUCGCGACUGGAUUUAGGUCAGGACUUUGACUUGGCCAAUUCAAAACACAAAUCUUCUUUCUCCUGAGCCAUUCUUUGGGAGAUUUGCUUGAAUGCUUUGGGUCGUUGUCUUGUUGGAAGACCCAUUUUCGGCCCAGCUUUAGCUCCUUGAUUGAUGGCCUGACGUUCUGUUGAAGAAUCUCCUGGUAUACCUCAGAAUUCAUGGUUCCCUUAAUGAUGUGGAGUCGUCCAGGUCCAGAGGAGGAAAAGCAGCCCCAGAUCUUGACAUUCCCACCACCAUGCUUGACUGUUGGGAUAAGGUUAUUUUGGUGGUAGGCAGUGUUGGGUUUUCGCCAAACAUAGCGGUGUUGAUUGUGACCAAAAAGGUCAAUUUUGGACUCAUCGGUCCAUGGAAUGGACUUCCAGAAACCUUCAGGUUUGUCCAGGUGGUCUCUGGCAAAGUUAAGACAGGCAGUUUGGUUCUUUUUUGACAGCAGAGGCUUCUUCCUAGCAACCCUACCAUGAAUGGCAUUUCAAUUCAGUGUUCUUAUUGUUGAAGCAUGCACAGUUACCUGAGAUGCAGCAAGGGAGGUCUGCAAAUCUCUGGAUGAUAAGUUUGGGUUGGCUUUUACCUGAUUUAUUAUUGUUCUUAUGACUCUUGGGGAUAUUUUGGAAGGGUGUCCACUUCUAGGCCAAGUUGCUGUCAUGUUAAAUGCUCUCCAUUUGUAAAUGUUUUGCCUCACAGUGGACUGAUGGAGCUCAAAUCUUUUUGAGAUGAUUUUAUAGCCUUCCCCAGACUAAUGUGCUCUCACUACCCUCAUCCUGAUGUCCUCUGAGAUCUCCUUUCCUCUCGGCAUGGUAUGCAUUGCAUUCACCUGGAUGGGUAACACCGAACUGACCAGAUUUCUUAUCUCUAUUUAUCAGAGUCCUGCCCAAACUCUUUCCUAACGAUCUCUCCUUUCAUUCGUUCAUUUGGUAGCUAAUUAAUUACCCACCGGAUUCUACUUACCUACUUGAUUUAACCAAUGCAACUUGGGGUUCACUUAUUUUUGCACCUGCACUAAUUCCUUUUAAAUUUUUAUUUUUCUACUACACGCAUGAUUUCCUCUACACCAACAUAUGGUAUUGGUAAAUAUAAACCUGUUAUGUCAGAUCAUAAAGACUGGUUCUGAUUAAAUCUGUAAUUGCACAAGUGGUUCACAUACUUUAAAGCAGCACUGUAUACAAAAGUAUGUGGCACCCCUUCAAAUUAGUGUAUUAUGCUAUUUCAGCCACACCCAUUGCUGACGGUUGUAUAAAAUCGAGCACACAGCCAUGCAAUCUCCAUAGACAAACAUUGGCAGUAGAAUGGCCCCUCCUGAAGAGCUCAUUGACAUUCAACGUGGCACCGUCAUAGGAUGUCACCUUUCCAACAAGUCAGUUUGUCAAAUUUCUGCCCUGCUAGAACUGCCCCGCUCAACUGUAAGUGCUGUUAUUGUGAAGUGAAAACGUCUAGGAGCAACAACGGCUCAACCGCGAAGUGGUAGGCCUCACAAGCUCACAGAACGGGACCGUAGAGUGCUGAAGCGGGUAGCACGUAAAAAUAAUCUGUCCUCGGUUUCAACACUCACUACCGAGUUCCAAACUGCCUCUGGAAGAAACAUUAGCACAAGAACUCUUCGUCAGGAGCUUCAUGAAAUGGGUUUCCAUGGCCGAGCAGCAGCACACAAGCCUAAGAUCACCAUGCGCAAUGCCAAGUAUCGGCUGAAGUGGUGUAAAGCUCUGGAGCAGUGGAAACGCGUACUCUGGAUUGAUGAAAUGCUUCAACCAUCUGGCAGUCCGAUGGACGAAUCUGGGUUUGGCGGAUGCCAGGAGAACGCUACCUGCCUGAAUGCAUAGUGGCAACUGUAAAGUUUGGUGGAGGAGGAUUAAUGGUCUGGGGCUGUUUUUCAUGGUUCGGGCUAGGCCCCUUAGUUCCAAUGAAGGGAAAUCUUAAUGCUACAGCAUAAGAUUACAUUAUAGACGAUUCUGUGCUUCCAACUUUGUGGCAACAGUUUGGGGAAGGCCCUUUCCUGUUUCAGCAUGAUAAUGCCCCCGUCCACAAAGUGAGGUCCAUACAGAAAUGGUUUGUUGAGAUCGGUGUGGAAGAACUUGACUGGCCUGCACAGAUCCCUGACCUCAACCCCAUCGAACACCUUUGGGAUGAAUUGGAACGCCGACUGCGAGCCAGGCCUAAUCUGCCCAAUAUCUGUGCCUGACCUCACUAAUGCUCUUGUGGCUGAAUGGAAUCAAGUCCCCGCACCAAUGUUCCAACAUCCAGUGGAAGGCCUUCCCAGAAGAGUCUGUUAUAACAGCAAAGGGGGGACCAUCUCCAUAUUAUGCCCAUGAUUUUGGAAUGAGAUGUUCGAUGAGCAGGUGUCCACAUACCUUUGGUCAUGUAGUGGUUCCCAUUCACAGAGACCGUGUAAAAAUAGACCAGGUUUAUAUUCUUCCUCAAUAGAUCUCUGGUCAAGGUCCCCUAUAGCUCAGUUGGUAGAGCAUGGCGCUUGCAACGCCAGGGUUGUGGGUUCGUUUCCCACGGGGGGCCAGUAUGAAAAUGUAUGCACUCACUAACUGUAAGUCGUUCUGGAUAAGAGCGUCUGCUAAAUGACUAAAAUGUAAGGUCAGGAUGGUUGAACGUGUGUCAUCAUUAAGGAAUACCUGGAAUAGUAUAAAGUAAUCCUACCCCCCCCCCCCCCCUCCCCCACCCCCCCAUUAAAAAAAAUAGUGGUUAUCCCACUGGCUAUCAUAAGUUGAAUGCACCAAUUUGUAAGUCGCUCUGGAUAAGAGCGUCUGCUAAAUGAUGUAAAAAUUCGGAACUGAAGUAGUUUAGAACAGAACAGUUUAGAACAGGAUAUCUGUUACACUGAUUCUGACUGUCGAGCUGUUGAUGUCUCCCUCGUAAAAGGCCUGUCCAUGUGUGAUCUUUGUUAACAUGUCUGUGUGUGUGUGUUCCAGUGGUGGCUCGGUGUACAACAUGUUCACGGAGGAGGAGGACAACGACGGUGAGGGCUUGGCUUUGGGCCAGCCGACCCUAGAGAACUCUAUCACCAUGAACAAGAUGAAGCUGCUCAAAGCCAAGAUGGAUGACAUGAACAUCAGCAAGAAGGUAGACAGGUUUUACUUCCUAAUUCAUUCCAUAGGAUGUCAUUAAUUUCAACCCAUUAACACGGUUAGGAAGGAAGAGAAAAUACAUCUUUAUUGCCCAAAGCAAUUUAUUGGCAAAGUGCUUUACAGCAUCCUAAACCUAAAACUUCAAAAUGCAAGCCCACUUGUGACAGCCUCAAUGUGUGACAGUGAUUGACCAAUAAACUUGCAUCUUAAAUAACUACUCAUUAUCUAAUCAAAGUGAGCGAUUCUCUGCCUUGCCUUGCUCAAAUUGAAGCCCUUAAACACACUGUAUGACUCUCUCUGUCUCCACCCCCCAGCCUAAGAAGUCUGCCAAGUUGAAACCUCUGCCCCCCGUCGGCCCCCGGCCCUGCGGCAGCUCUCUGGACCCCUCCGGACCCCGACACCACCGCCUCUUCCGCGUCCUGCCCGAGAUCAACCAAUCCCAUCAUUCCGCCUCACACUUACCUCCAAUCAGGGACCAGGGAUCCACAACUCCCUCCCCUCCCAAUGCUGCUGCCUCCACCUCCACCCACCUGUCAAUCAGCGGCCGAGCUCCGCCCUAUUUCUCUUCCUCGUCCUGUUACAUGCUCCAGGAGGAGGAGCCAUGGAAGUCCAUCCCCAAGACAAUCCGAACCCCUCCCAAAGUGUCCCGGUUGGAGAUCGGCAGCGCCAGGCUCAUGAGGGACUGUGUGUACCCGCAGCUCCCCGUGCUCUCCAGCAGGGGGCAGGUUGAUGGGGCCAUGGAGCUGCCUGACCCCAGAAGAGAGGCACUGGGCCUGGGGUUGCUGGAGGAGGCGGCGGGCCUGCUGGAGCCCACACCGCCUGGAGCUUUGUACGGAGGAGACCUGCUCUCAGAUCCCCUCAGCCUGGACAUCUCUUCCCAGCCAGAGAUGGAUCUGGGAGGGUUGGAUGGUCUAGGAGCCCUGGGGGUUGGAGCAGAGCUCCAACUCCCUUCCACCCCCUCUCUGCUCUCCCAAGCUGUGGGGAUGAACUCUUUAAACAACUGGGCAAUGGGUGGUUCUGAUAGGCUAGCCUGGAAAGGUGUGAGGACACCGUUACUAGGCAACACACUUCAUCAUAUACCCAACUCUCCUUCCUCAUCAUCCUCCCCCUCUAGUAGACCAAGACUACCACAACCCUUUGAGUUCACCGGCUCAGCAACGUCACCCAUACGACCCAAUCUCCAUUCCUCCUCCCACCCCAGCACUCUUCUCUCCCAUCCUCCUCCUGCUAGCCCCUCCUCUCCCCCUCACGGCUCUCAUUUGCGAGGCAUCAAUGUGGACUCCCCAGGCAAGUGGCCGGAGAUGAUCAGUAAAAGCGAGGCGCGGGGAAUCACCAAGCUGGCCAACCAGGCCUGUAAGGAGCCUCUCGGGUCCCUCAGCAACACAGAGCUCCUGGCCUCCCUGUCCUCCUCCAGGUCCCCAGGCAGCAGCAGCAGGGGAGUCCUAGGAUCGAGCCUGGGACUUGGGUUGGGGCCUCCCGCUGUUGGGGCCUCCGGGCUUGGCAGGCUUGUCUCCAUGGCUACCUCCCUUCCAGCCAACAUCCAGCUACUCCAGGAGGACCUGAUGCUGAGAGCAGCCACCUCCAACAAGGUAAGUAGUGAGGACAGACUAUUGAGAUACAACCCAGCUAAGAUGAAAAAUGGGUACUAUCCACAAAUAAGGACUCAAUGAUCAACUGCCAAAUAGGAAUAAGCAACUCAAAGAAGCACAGUGAUAGUGAAUUUGUGUUGUAUUGUGAGGUACUGUACUGUUGUACACUGUAUAGUUUUUGCGUAGCCUGAAAUCCAUAACCUGUUUUGCUAACAUUCCACUCCUUGUACUCUGUGUCAUUGCCAAACAAUGUUUAGCAUGAACAAGGAGUUUUAAUGAGUGUAACGAUCGCUAAACAGACUGGUACCCAGGCUAUUUUGUGCAGUGUUGAUAGAGCCCCAAAGUGGAGGUGUCAUAAAACCUAGCGGUCAAACUGGGAAAUGGUUCCAAUUGUUUUUCCACCAUUCAUUUUUCCCAUAGUGGAUUUUAGAAACACUUAAAAUAAGGGCUGUGUUUUGUGUAGGCUUACCCUGGUGUGAUGUUUUGAUAACCAUGUAAAUCUCUCUUGGACAUGGUGACUUUUAUCAAUAUAUUCGGCUCUAUUUACUCUGAUUCGAAAAUGCUAAUUAGUGUCAAAGUAGACAUCAUGCAAAACUACAAAUCCCUGCAAGCUCCUGCACGUCAUCUCUAGCUGACAUCUUUGCUAACAGGUUUUGUUUAAAUUUUAAACUUGCACGAGACCAUUCACAGAAUUGUCCAUUUAAAGAGAUGUAGCCUAUUUAUUCUUUACUCCAUUUAGCUAACAUUAGAUAGUUAAUCCAGAGAUUCUUACCUUUGCCUCGAUUCGGCAGUCUCGUCCAGAUCAUCAUGGCGUUUUGUAGUUCUUUAUGAUAGCCACAUUAGCAGCUAAUUAGCAUUUCAUUUUGGGGGGGUAAAUACAGGCAAAUCUAUUGAUUUAAAAGUCACCUUGUCCUAGAGAGAUUUACACGGUUAUCAAAACAGAACGCCAGGAUAAGUCUACACGAAACACAGCCCUUAUUUUAAGUGUUUCUAAAAUCCCCUAUGGGAAAAAUGAAUGGUGGAAAAACAAUUGGAACCAUUUCCCCGUUUGACUGCUAGGUUUUAUGGGUAUUAUGACUCAUACUGUGGUACUCUAUUGACCUUGUCUGAAACCUCCUCUCAUCGUUUCAGUCGUCCAACAGCCUGGGAUCAGCUGGAGGCUCCAGUUCAAUAAGUAGACUAGGUGAGUGGGACAACCCUAAAAACCCAUGGACCUGGGUCUGGUCGAAAGUAGUCUAUGUACUGCACUAGGGAAUAGCAUGCCAUUUCAAAAGCAGACCCAGUCUUAAUAGAAGUUUUAUUUGUACUUUAAUCCUAUUAAGAAGAUAAGAAUAUAAUAAGGAGACAUUCUCAGAUCCUCAUCUCAUUGAAUCUAAGAGGAAAUGUGAUGGAAAAUAUAUUUUUUACAUUUCAUAACGGAAAAUUCAAAAUAUAAUCAGAAUCACCCUGGGGUGAUGGUUCUAUUUAUAUCCUGUUUAUUAAAAACCCAAAUCUUUGUUGAAAGCAAGAUGAUUAUCCUAGUAGCCUAGCACAGGGCCUGUUGUAUGCAGCAUAAUGCUGCCCUGCAGAUUGUUGCCUUUGUGUCUCUGACCUGGUGAAGCAGGGUGGGCGGCUCAAACACACACUGCCGUGGAGCGAGGACACACACACACACACUGUCAGAAAGAGACGGAACAGCUCUCUGACCAACCCAGGGGUAGUGGCAGACUGAGACCACACGCACACAUGAACGCAUGUACACAGUAACAAAACAGCUCACUGACCUAGGGUUAGUGCCAGUAAGGGCCACACACACACCACACACACAGCAAGUACACACACACACACACACACACACACACACACACACACACACAGGGGAGUAUUAUGUGAAAGCAACCAAUGCAUGUUGUAUGAGCAUUGCAGCGUGGCAUGGAAAUGGCAUUCAAUAUUAAUACGAUACAGCUGCAGAAUGAGCACAAGCAACAGGAGAGAGGAGACACAUUCACGUUCACACACACACACACACACACACAAGUUUGUGCAUAGACACAAUAACCCAUAUACACCACGCAAUGAGCCAAGGACAGCAGUACGUUUGAGAUCGGCUACAUUGCAGUCGGACUUCACUGAUCACUAAUCUACAAAUUACCUUGCAUCCCAAAUAACUACUCAUUAUGUAAUCAAGAUUAGUGAUUAUGUGUCUCGUCUUGCUCAAACUGAUUCCCUUCAAACAGCUCAUCUUAGUGUGGAUGGCCUUUGAGUAUGUUCUGUAGUAGUAUAUGAGCAGGUUAGUGAGGAGGACACAACUCAACAUCCAAUCUCAUGGCCCAUUGGGUGGGAGAUUCUCCUGUCUGUUGUGUCACACUAACCUCCUUUUAUAUCAGUCCUGUUACGCCUGGCCUUCAUUCCUAUUAUCUUCACGUCUGUCAGUCAGUGUCUCUCUCUCUCUCUCUCUCUCUUUCUCUUUCUCUCUCUGUCUCUGUCUCUGUCUCUGUCUCUGUCUCUGUCUCUGUGUCUGUCUGUCUAUCUGUCUCUGUCUCUCUCUCACAUUUCAAUUUAAGGGCUUUAUUGGCAUGGUAAACGCAUGUUUAAAUUGCCAAAGCAAGUGAAAUGGAUAAUAAACAAAAGUGAAAUAAAAAUUUACAGUAAACAUUACACUCACAAAAGUUCAAAAAUAAUAAAGGCAUUUCAAAUGUCAUAUGUCUAUAUACAGUGAUAUAAUGAUGUGCAAAUAUUUAAAGUACAAAAGGGAAAAUAAAUAAACAUAAAUAUAGGUUGUAUUUACAAGGCUGUUUGUUCUUCACUGGUUGCCCUUUUCUUGUGGCAACAGGUCACAAAUCUUGCUGCUGUGAUGGCACACUGUGGUAUUUCACCCAAUAGAUAUGGGAGUUUAUCCAAAUUGGAUUUGUUUUCUAAUUCUUUGUGGGUCUGUGUAAUCUGAGGGAAGUAUGUGUCUCUAAUAUGGCAGGAAGUUAGGAAGUGCUGCUCAGUUUCCACCUCAUUUUGUGGGCAGUGUGCACAUAGCCUGUCUUCUCUUGAGAGUCAGGUCUGCCUACAGUGGCUUUUCUCAAUAGCAAGGCUAUGCUCACUGAGUCUGUACAUAGUCAAAGAUGUCCUUAAUUUUGGGUCAGUCAGUGGUCAGGUAUUCUGCCACUGUGUACUCUCUGUUUAGGGCCAAAUAGCAUUCUAGUUUGCUCUAUUUUUUUGUAAAUUCUUUCCAAUGUGUCAAGUAAUUAUCUUUCUGUUUUCUCAUUAUUUGAUUGGGUCUAAUUGUGUUGCUGUCCUGGGGCUCUGUGGGGUCUGUCUGUCUGUCUCUCUGUCUGUAUCUCUGUCUGUAUCUCUAUCUCUGUCUGUCUGUCUGUCUGUGUCUGUCUCUGUCUGUCUGUUUCGUUCUCUCUUUCUCACUUUCUAUUUCUCUCUUUCUCUCUUUUUCUCUUUCUCUUUCUGUUUCUCUCUUUGUUUCUCUCCCUCUGUCUAGCUGUGUCUCCCUCUGUCUGCUGUUUCUUUCUUGCUCUCUCUUCUCCCCUCCCCCCUUCUCUCUCUUUGUCCUGUUACCCUUGUCCAUUAACCAUAUCUCCAUGCAUCCACGGGUGUGAGAACAGUUAAAGCAAUGUGGAGUGUUUUAUGUAAUAUGUGCUUGGAAAAAACCAGUUUAACAAUGUAUAUAAUUAAAUAUUCCCACACUGGAACUAGGGAUAUCCUUCAGUUAUUAUUUUCAUAUUUUUUUCUAAACAAGUUUUAGUAUUCAAGCUACUAAUAGUAGGAAAAUAACAAUUUCCAUGCGCUGUGAGGAGUCUAAGAUAUGUGAUCACAAUUCCCUCACUAGACCCAAUCAAUAUUUUUUCCUUUACAUGUUGCCUUAGUAAUAGUUAGGAAACUAAACAUCAUUUCAUGUUGAUACACCAGGCCUGACUGACUGACUGCUCCUGGUGUGUUUUAUACAGUGUUCUUGGCUUACUAUAUUAUUUUGAUUACUCAAAGUAAACCAGAACUAUGCUUUUUUCCUCAAAGUAGAACACAACUAUCCUGUAUUCCGGUCUCCUCCAGGCACCCCGACAUAUCAUCUGCCUCCAGUCAAGGUCCCGCUGGGUAGGAAGAAGAAGAGCUCUAAACACUGCUUCCUCUGUGGCAAGAAGACUGGUCUCGCCACCAGCUAUGAGUGCAGGUACAUCUCUCAAUCCCUCUAUCAUUCUCUCCCUCCCUCCAUCACUCUCUCUCACUCCAUCCUCCCUUCCUAUUUGUCAAGAAGCCUGCCCUCGCCACCAGCUAAGAAUUCAAGGUAGGAAAAAAAACACUAGUCUGCCAGCUCUCUCCCUCUCCUCACCCUCUCUCUUUCUCCCUCCCCCUACCAGCCUUACUCACUCCCUCAUUACUCAUUCUAAUUCAGUUUUGUCUGUUUUAUGUAUGUGUCUUUACUACUACUAGGUAUGCCUAGAGUAUGCCAGGAGUUUUUCCUGUCCAGUAGUGUUCAUGUCAUCAACAUCAUGAUAUCGCAUGCUCCCUCACCACCACAACCCCAGUAUCAAAUAUCACAAGCUCCCCUGUCCUUGUUUAAGGGACACAGUGUGUGCUGGUGAUGCAACAGAGUGUACUGGAACUGUGUCAUCUCUCAUCAUAACACUAUAACGGUCUGAUGUUGGAGUCACGCUGGGUUCAAAAGAUUGAAAUUGUGAUUGUUUAGAUUACUCAGCACUAACAAGUGUUCCAUUGGUGUGUGCAUCUCAGUAGUCCGUCUUUAGCAGGUUUCUUGUUGGACAUAAAAGACUGUAAAAGCACCAGGAAAUCAGCUCCAAGUGAUUGUAAUUUGGGAAAUCUGUUCCCAAGUAUUCCUGCGCAUAAUAGAGAUAUAUGUGAUCGUAUACAAAUGUAAGCAAGGUUUGAAAUUAUGUUUUAGUAAAAUCGUAUAAAUUUUUGGGCUUCUUGCGAUCAAUUUGCAUUCUACAAAUUAUUGUUAAUUAGGUUCCGGCCCCCUGACCAUCCACUCAAGAAAAAAUCGUCCCGCGGCUAAAUCUGGUUGAUGAUCCCUGGGGUAUAGUCUCUCCCUUAUCUGAAAACGGGUAUGAGUCACAGUUAAAGCAAUGUGGAGUGUGCGUUAUGCUUAGUCCAGUUUUUCUACACAAGUGGAUUGUUAUCUCUAUUUCAGUUCCUCUGGGAUAGAGAAGGGUUAGAGCUAUUUAAAAAAAAGUUUGAGAUAAGUGUCCACAAUAAUCUCUAGAUAAUAAGGUGUUUCAGUACUGGGCUUGUAAUUGACUGAAUGUGUCACCUGAGAUGUAAUCCAUUUAGUAAUUGAUUGAAAAUGCAGACAACACAUCAAGGUGUUGAUGAAGAUGUUUAUAAGGACCCUUUACCAGCCAGAUUCCAUAUGGCCCUAAAAUACAUGGGUUUCUAAUCAUAUUGUGUGGCUCAGUUGGUAAGAGCAAGGCUAUGGUUGUGGGUUCAAUUCCUGCAGGGACCUCCUAAACACACUUUACAUUUUUGGGGGUAUGCUCUCAUUGUACUGUAACUAAAUGCGCUCAUUGUACUGUAAGUCACUUUGGUUAAACUCAUAUUGUCUGAGUGGCAUAUAUAAAUAGGGCUGUUAUGUUCCUUUGUUUUCUCAGGUGUGGUAACAACUUCUGCGCCACACACCGCUACGCAGAGACCCACGACUGCACGUACAACUACAAGAGCGCCGGACGCCGCUUCCUCCAGGAAACUAACCCCAUCGUCAACGCUCCCAAGCUGCCCAAGAUCUGAGCCCCUCACCCUGUCCCCCCCUCUAUCCCUGCACUCCUCCUUUCUCUUUUGGGAAUGGAGGGAUGAAGAGAAAGAAAGAACCGAUUCACCUGAAUGAUUAAAAACAAAAAGAAGGAAGGAACUUGAUCACCGCUGUGCUUUUUAAUCACCAAGUUUGACCUAAUUACGUCAAUGCCAAGUGUGAACAAAACGGAGAACAGAAAAUAUUAGCACACAAACUAUUAGCUAGCUAUCGCCUCCACUCUGGACAAUGUGAACAAACUGUUGAUCCACUUUCUUCGUAUACUGUAACCUUCAUCUUUUUCCUUAGCAAAAAAGUACUGCAUGUACUGUACAUAGGUGGUUUUUUAAAGCAGAUGUCUGUUUAUUUAAUGUUUUAACGGAACAGAAGUGCACGACUCCAAGCGUAAACGUUAUACACGUAUCAUUUUUGUUUCUUUCUUUUGUUUGUCAGAUUGUUUGUUUCUUAAAAUAGGACUGCAGUUCACGUUUUCAUGCGACAAGUCUUUGAGAGAUGCACUUUAGAAUGAUCAUAUUUAUAUACUGAUGUUUGACUUUGACUUUUUUUUUCUAGGGAAGGCUCUUGCAGUUCUGUGUUUGUCUUUGUAAUUAAGUGUUUUUAUGUUGUCUUACUGUCUAUCAUCAUGUUUUUAUAUCCAGUACCUACAGUGCCUUCAGAAAGUAU